AUGAAAAACAUUCUGUACAUAAUUUUUUAUUUAUUUUUGGUAAACAAGUUUGAAUGCUGGGAAAAAUAUAAAGAUGCUUCUGGUGACAAUAAUACGGGACAACAAGAUAAUGAAAAGGAAAUUUCGACAGAAACGUUUAAGGGAUAUGCCGAAAUACUUGAUGAUAAAGCGACAAUUGGAGGACAGCAAACUCAGGAAUCUAAGGGAGACGAAGAUAAAGUGAGUGAAGCCGUUAGUGGAAUCACUUCGACAGGAGGGAAGGACACUCAUAACGAAGUUACUAGUAGUGAACAUACUGUAGAAGGACAAGAACAAGAACAACAGCAAGAGCAACAGCAAUGCUGUACGCAAACAUGCAAUCCACCUUGUGAUAGUGAAAGUUGUCCCUCUUGUAAUCAAGAAUGUUGCGAAUGUUGUCCCUCUUGUACUCAAGAAUGUGAUGAAUGUUCUUCCUCUUGCCCGCUUACAAGUGAUGAAGGAUGCCAAGAAGACUGUCAUUGCUGCAGCCAAUGUCCAGAUGGAUGUUGCACUGAAGAAGACUGCCAUUGCUGUAGCCCAUGUCCAGAUGAAUGUUGCACUGAAGAAAGCUGUACUCAAGAAUGUCCAGAUACCACGUGUUGUGCUGAACCCCCAUGUGGCACACGUGAAAAUUCCAAUGGGAAUACAGAAGAGAGCUCUGUAUCACAAACCCCAACUUCAGAAACUCCAACUCCAACACCCUCAGCACCGGGGAGUCCAGCCUCACCAGUUGAAUCCCCACAAGGUGAAGUGAGUCAAACAGCACAAAGCGUCACUUCCCCCCAAGAGGAAGAAAACGUAAAAGAGAUAAAAGAAAUAUUUAGUGGACUAAACGAGGUAACUAAUAAGGAAGAAACAGUUUUGGAAGAAACAGAUGAAGACGUAGAUAAUGAUAUAGAGGAUGAACAAGAUGAACAAGAGGAAGAGGGGAACGAAACAGAAAAUGUUGAAGUAGAUUUGGAGGAGGAUGAUGAUAAAAAUGAUGAAGAGGAUGGAGAUGAGGAAGAAAACACUGAUGAAGGAGAACAAAAAGAAGAAGCAAAACCUGCAGGAGAUGAAAAAGAAGGUGAAGAAGCACCUGUUGCAACGGUUCCUUCCAAUGAUACAGAAGCAUACAAGGCACUUGGAGGAGACAACAAUGGAAAAACUGAUAUUAAAAAAGAAACUGCAAAUAUUGUGGAUGACUUAUUAACUCUUCUCAAUGAAAAUAACGAGGUGGAAGAGUCACUUAAAGUUUUAGCAAAAAACGUGGCUCAAUAUUUUUUAAACACUUUGAGCUAA